AUGAACGGGGAAAGGCCCACGGUUAAUGGAGCGCACACCGCAAAUGGCACCCAUCGGAGCGUUACAGAUUCCUCCUCGAGCGCAAACCCGUUGAAACCGGGACUGCUGCCUCAAAAUCUGCUCCCUCCUCCCCCACCACCGUCCCUCGAUCGCCAAGAAAAUGGAGAUGCAUGGUCCAACCGGUGGGAUGACGGCGGCGCUGGUCACGCUGCUGCCAGCAACCAAACCCAUGCACCACCAGAGAUUUUGUCGCUUAUCUCUCAAGAUAGCUACUUGCCAAUGGCCGCGCUCAUCAGCCGGGCUUCGCAAACGUGCUGGAAUGGUCUAUCAGAUCUAGUUGAACAGUUGGCUCUACUGUCCGUGCCAGAUUUACCCCCGGAACAGGCGAAGCUCAUGCCAAAUGGUUUCACGAACAACCAGUCGAAAGCAAACCUGGACAAGAAGGAUAAAAUCUUCAAAUUUGCGAAUGAACGAAAGGCAGACUUCAUCAAACUGCUUGUGUUAUUGCAAUGGAGCAAAAACGUGGACGAGGUCAGCAAGACCAUUUCAAUCAACUACUGGCUAAUGCUACGUCGGCAAGCCUACUGGGGUGCUAUCGCUUCGAUGGCCACCCUGAAACAGGAAUCGUCAAAUUUUCAGAUCCCUAACCCUGAUCUCAAGACAGCCGCCGAGGUACUAUCGACAGGGAAGGUGGCCAACUUUCCACGGCUGGGUUACAUUGCGCAACCGGACUUGUCAACAAGGCAAAUCCUCCGAGUGCUCAAGACACUGAAUCAGGCGCUGAGUGUCAGAUUGGCCCUAUGGGACAAUUUACCACCUCAAUUGCGGAGUUUCCGAGUCCAUGAUGGUCGUGCGACGUUCAGUGUUCCCUACGAGUUCGAAUUGGACGUAUCCACGUUGGACGAGAGUUUAGAAUCGCCUCUCCGUAUGGUAGAUCUCCGGCUUUCCUUCCAGCCAUGUCCCCACCUACCGGACGGUCUACGGUCGGAGAUCGAGCUUCUUGCGAAUUCCAACAUCGAUCAGGGUGGCCUGGCAAGAUGCUACGAGUUUCUCCAUGAACUCGCAUUAUCGUACAAAUUGGCCGAGUUCCACAAGCAAGCGAUCGAAUUAUCGCGGAAUCAAUGGGUGGGCAAUCUGCGAGCGGAGCUUGUUCGGCGAAACCUGGUUGUGCAAUACUGGCCGGAGAGACAUGGCGGGAAAAGCUGGGUCGAAAUCGGCAUAGCGAGUGGUCGAGGCAAACAGAGGGCCGUGGACAUGGAACCUCACUCGUCACUUGAGAUCAAGUGCACUUUGCAUGGCAAAAGAGCCGAGUCCUUGCGUUUGCAUCUCAAUGAAUCGGUGCUGUGUUUCGAAGACAUUCUCCGACAGGUGAUCGCACAACAUUCGACCCAGAUCCUCGACACCAUAUAUGACAAGCUAGUAUCUAGGCCUCUAUUUGCCGAUGCCGAACUCUCCUUGGAGCAAUCUCUUUCACACGAUGACCCGGAAGUAUGCUCGUUGGUGAUGCAGCUGUCUCGCUCGUCACAACUACAGCUGAAGGUGGAUCCUGUGACCGGGCUCAUCAUGGUGAGUCCUGUUACCGAGCGUGCGGAGCGGCUCCAGUUCGAAGUCAACCGAGUUCAGUCCGUUGCAGAUGAGGUUGUCUCCAAGCUGCUCAACUUCAGGUGCAGUGUCAGGGAGAGUUCGGUACUUGCAGGCAUAUCGGGCGCCCGCUGGGAAGCCCUGCGGUCUUUCAAGUUCACACAGGCGGAGAUCAAGUCCUUGUUUGGACGACCAGUGGUGAAGAUCAAUAUAUUCCGUCAGAGUCAGUGGGGGCUGGAGUACUCGCUGGCAGUCACGCAUGGUCAGGAUGGCGACCAUUGGUGGCUGUUGCAACAAGUCCCCCUCGGUGCGUCCAGCUCUCAGUCACGUUACAAAGUCCUUCGCAACCAGGGGAUAGGGGCCAGCGAAGAACUAUCUUCGGCAUACUUUGACUGUCUGGCGGAUUACUCCAUGGGGUUGAUCUGUAUCCAGCGCAACGCCGACUUCUUCACGGAGAAGAAGGAGAACUUCGGUCUACGACCAUUCCCCGCGUUCGACCGUCAUUACGAGCUACCAGAACUUUCUUUCGAUCUCGAUAUGGCCAGGCCUUCGCCUUCUGGUCAGUCUUCAUCAGCAGGUGCAGCUGAUAGCACACCCACGACACCAAAAGCGAGCGAUGUUCCCGCCGAGGAUGCAAGUCUGCAAAGGAAUGUUCAAGUGCGGUUUGGCGGAGUCGACCGUUCGGACCUUCGGGUCGUGACGGUCGCUCAUUAUCAGACUCAAGCCAGCUCAGCCGUGCUUGGGCACUUGGAUAAAUCUGUCCUCGAUGCCGGUGUCAAACUCAACCCUGAAGACCGGACGGUUAUCAUUCGGGUGGAGACACCAAUGGCGGAAGCAGCGAUCCCUCAGAUUGUUGCCAAAGUCCUAGAUUUAGAAAAGGUGGUCUCGACUGUCGAGCAGAUCCAUUGUCUCCUAGGAUUGAGGUUGAAGAGAAUAUCAAACUCGACGAUCUCGAUGGUGUAUCAUCAAGAGGCACUUACCGAACUUGGCCUGAACAUUAUUCUCACCAGCGGAAGUCCGGCACCACGACUUGAGUUUUUGCCGCCCCAGGUGAAUCCACAUCAGAUCCUGGCGCAGGCCUACACCAAGACAUUUGCCGCAAAUCGGGCGCCAUUUGCGACGACGAUGCGCAAUCUGCUAACCUCGUUAACGGCGACUCUUCCGCUAUUGACCAUCUUGCACACACUUCAGCAGGGGCACGAAUUUGCGAGCAAGCCGGGCCAGCAACAGCCUCCGGCGGAGCCAGGAGAUCACGUGCGUGUGCACCUUCUUGCCAGGACCGAGACACAGUUCGCGGUCCAGUACUUCACGCCAGCUGGACAAGCACCCAAUGAUGUCAAAAAUGAUUCAGCCCCACAGCUGUUGGCGCGUUUUGAGAUCUUGUCAGAAGCCAACCACUCCGGAAAAGCGGGCUGGCUUGUACGCCCUGCGCUUGAAGAGUUUCAGUCAUAUUCUAGACCAUCUUACUCGUCGCCUGAUCUCGCGGCGAAGGUGAAACAGGAGAUCUUCUCUCAGCGCCCCGCAGGGCAGUCCACUUGGUUUCUGCUGGAUAGAGGGGCCUGGUGCACAGUGGAUCACCCGGAGCCAUUACUGAAGGCGCUGCAUGACGUCGUCUGGAACUGGGCCAAACAGGCCAAGAUGUCCGCGGGCAACGCUGGCAGCAAAGAGGACUCGAACAAGGGCAAAGGAGCUCAGGGGGGUUCGAAUGCGAACAACCCCAGCGUGACCAAUGGGGCUAAUAAUAGAGGCCCCGGGCCAGCGAAAGGGGCGCCAGGCAGGCAGCAGGCUGCGAACAACGCCAUGCCCAACGGUGCUAACAUGAAGGUACAACGACCUCCGGUGAAUGGGCCAGGUGGCAAGCCGGCGCCCAAUAAUGCGAAAACGAACGCCAGAAACCCACAGGGCAGAGACGUCAUCACAUUGGACUGA